GAGCGUUGACAACGUCACGAGGGAACGCCCCCUCGCCUGUAGGAAGUAGGAAAGAUGGCUGGAGCUGGGGGAGACGACAAGGAGCUGGAUGACCUCCUGGAUAGUGCACUCGAUGAUUUUGAAAAGACCGGUCCCCCCCCUCCUCCCCCCGAAGCGUCUGACAAAUCCGCCAAGCCUGAUGUGUCCGCGAGGCCGCCCGCCGAUGCUGCUAAGGACCCCCUCUUCACGUCUCAGGAGAAGUUCUUCCAGGAGCUCUUCAGCAGCGAGCUGGCGGCGCAGGCCACCGAGGAGUUUGAGAAGGCCAUGAAGGAGCUGGCCGAGGAGGAGCCGCACCUGGUCGAGCAGUUCCAGAAGUUGUCGGAGGCGGCGGGGAAAGUCGGGAGCGAUGAAACUUCCCAGCAAGAAUUUACCAGUUGCUUAAAAGAGACCCUGACCGGACUGGCCAAGAACGCAAACGAACUGCAGAGUUCCAGCCUGUCGGAGGAGGAGCUGACCCGUGCGAUGGAUGGCCUUGGCGUGGAGGACCUGGAGGGUGAGGGGAACAUCCUUCCAUUUAUGCAGAACAUCAUGCAAAACCUGCUCUCCAAGGAGGUCCUGUACCCCUCCCUCAAGGAGAUCACAGACAAGUUCCCGGAGUGGCUGCAGACGCAUAGAGACACCCUGCCCCCCGAGGAGUAUCAGAAGUACCAGGAGCAGCACAACCUGAUGGCCCGGAUCUGCCAGCACUUCGAGACAGACUCAGGGGAGGAGGCGGCCAGAUUUGAAGCCAUUAUGGAACUUAUGCAGCAGCUUCAGGAGCUGGGACACCCUCCCAAGGAGCUGGCCGGAGACUCGGUAAGUUGUUUUUACUGUGAGCAAUUCAGAUCGGACUCCAAUAUCCCUUCUAUAAAAGCCUGAGCUGAUUAACCUGUUACUCCUGUCACUACCAAAGCUGCAUUCACAGAUCUGACCUCUGAUGCUUUACAGUCCUUGUUUUGUUCUUGGUAUAACCUCAGUGCUAUGUCCACAGAU